GCAAUCGCGGUGACGUCACCGAGACGUGGCCAAUCACAGCGCUGGUACAGGGGACGGCUUUCCGUGAGCGCCGCGGCCUAGUUGGACAGGCUGCCGAUGAUUUUAAUCGAAACGCCGAAAUAAACAAAGGGGGUCGCGAUGAUGCUCAGGCUGUUUACAGUCGCAGUCGCGCUCACACUUUUUGUGCUCGUCACGUCGGACGACUCGAAAAAAUCUGAAGACGCGCGAUGCAAGUGCAUCUGUCCCCAGUACAAAGCCUUUGCGGGAAAGGUCUACACCAACAAUGUGCCGCAGAAAGACUGUGACUGCCUGCAUGUGGUGAAACCCAUGCCAGUGCCGGGGAGCGAUGUGGAGGCAUACUGCCUGCGCUGCGAGUGCAAGUACGAGGAGCGCAGCACUGUCACUAUCAAGGUCACAAUCAUUAUCUACCUGACCAUUGUGGGCGCCCUGCUGGUCUACAUGGCCUUCCUCAUGCUGGUGGACCCGCUUAUCCGCAAGUCGGAUGCCCACGCGCCGGCGCUGCACGCCGAGACGGAGACCGAGCAGGAACCGCGCUCGUUUGCGUACGACCGCAUGUCGGCGGGCUUGGGGUCGCGGGGUCGCGCCGGAACCGUGCUGGAGCGUGUGGAGGGAGCGCAGGAGCGCUGGAAGCGGCAAGUGCAGGAGCAGCGGCGCACCGUCUUCGACCGACACAAUCUACUCAGCUAAGGUGGCGGCGGUGACGACGGCGGUGGUGGCGGCGGCGGUGACGACGGCGGUGGUGGCGGCGGUGGUGGCGGCGGCGGUGGCGACGACGGUGACGGCGGUGACGAUGCCGGUGGCGGCAGCAGCAGCAAGCGAUUAAAACACACGGCGAGCGAAGGUUGAUUGAGUACAUGCAGCAGAUACAGCUGCAGGAGAGUGACUGGCUGAUACAUCUAAUAACCGUAUAGACAGAAUCUGCCGAUGGCUGUCUGCUUCUCUCUAUAAAAUAAAUGUUGAAUGUUUCAGUACAGCAUCUUGAGACGCGGUUGUAUUAGGUAUUCUCUUCUCGUAGGUAUUCUGUGAGUGCCACUACAAUGUCACUCACGUUAACUUGCCCUCUUCCAUCCUCUGCACAUGUCCCACCCAUUUCUUACCACGUCCUCAUCUUCCUCGUUCUAUUUGGGGACUAACAAGUAGCUUACCCUAACCUGCCUUAAAAAUUCUAGCAUUCUCUUCAUGCAGCUGCCGUCUCUUCAAACGCAAAAACCCAACUUGUUCGCCGUCUCAAAGAAUAACUAAUAUUACUCCUGCUUUAAUUGCGUCCCUUGGUCAGUGGGAAACCUUGCAACCCCAAGGUCUGCUUAUUUAGCACCGAUUUGUGCAGCCAGAGUUAUGUAGGGCGCUUUUGAUAUCUCGUUCAGGAGAUUAUACAGUCUCGUCAGUUCACAAAUCCCAAAGCUUUAUACUCAAAAUGCGGAGCAACAUCACGCUUCAAAGGGUUUGGCAACUUCAAAGCUGUAUUUCAACUUCAAAGCUCACGCGCUCGUCGAAAUGGCAUGGGCCCCAUUAAUGCAGGUGUGCUGCCAUGUUGCCGUGCGCCCACUGUGUGAUGUACUUUGCAGCAGUUGGCCGGGCAUCUUUAAUGUCUGCCAAAGGGGUUAAAGCCACUGGGGAGGGCACGGUUGGUGUGGGGGGGGGGCAAGUGUAGGAGCGAAUGGAUUUGUGCACCGCCACAACCGCCAAACAUUUUCCUCCUCCCUUACAGCUUUGUCAUCCUUCUGGAGACAGUGGACUGUGCCCCAGCCAUGCAAAUGUGGAAUUCCUGCCACCUCAAUCGGGUGCAUCCAUCAGAGAUGCGCAGUGCUCCAUUUUACAGGGACUCCUCUACUUACAAACGAGUUAGGUUCCAGAGGUCUGUUCGUAAGUCGAUUUGUUCGUAAGUCCAACUUUACUCCUGUCGAUUCCAAACAUGUUGUACGGCGUGUAAACUAAACACGGGAAAUGGCUUUAAUUGUUGUAAAUCUCCUGUAGAUGCUACUAGUUCUUCAUGUUCUUUCAGAUGUAGAUGCCAGCACCGCCAUCUAUUGUGCAGAGGUUGAACUUACGAAUCUCUGUCCGAACAGGCAACUGGAGAUAUGGACAGGUUUGUUCGUGUCUUUGAAAGUUCAUAAGUUGACUGUUUGGAAGUAGAGGAGUCUCUGUACUUUUAUUUAUCCCAGGAUUACGUUGUAAGCAGCAGAGGGGAGUGCAGCAACAAAUCCAUUGUACCGUACUCUCACAUCUAUGAACCCUUUCAUCACCGAGCCAUUCUUCACAUUGUGGUGAAGUAUGGCCGGAACGGUGUGGGGAUGCCCUCAGUCAGCAGUCGAUUGACAAGCAGGGCUGCACGUGUACAACAUUAUUUCUUAUCUUGAAUGAGGAUUGUCCAGCGGGCAUCUCUCCGUUGGUGGCUCUGAGCCGGUGAUGAAAAUUCCUUAUUUUCAUGGCAGGGGACCCAGACCCUCUAGGGAAAUCCACAUUGACUUCUCACAAAGUGGUCCUCAUUUUAAUGGCCUCAGAUCAAUGAUUGGUUACAUUAUAAACCGUAAUGUAGAAGCAGGAUGAAUAAUACACACACAAACUCUCCACGCGCACCAGUCGGUGUUUUAUAGUCCGCUGAUGGCAUUUAGAGUUGAACACGUUUUGUUCGCAAUUAAGUGCCGUUCUCUAUCCACUGCUUGGCGAAAGGUACCAGAGAACCACUUCCUAGACAUCCAUACACAGACGGACACAAAGACAUAUACACCGACACACACAGACCCACAUGCACACACACGGACAAUUAAAGACAUACCUAGAGACAGACACACAGAGGCACACUGACACACUUAAUGGUCUCACGUUGACGCUUGUAAAACACAUUUGCUCUUCUAAUUUGCUUAACGAGUUUGUCUUAGGCGAAGAUUUCAAUACCUACUUGUGUGGGACUGAACAUUGUAUAUGUUAGUAUUUGAGUAUUCAAAAGGCAAGGCACCACACUGGUGCACUGUCUUGGUUAUAAUUCAUUGUUUGUGCACUCCGUUAUUUAAUUGUUAUUUGUUUACUUAUUGUCUGAAAGGUGAUUGCACCAAAUCUGUGAAACCUGUUAAAAGUGACGCUAAUUGUCAUGCGCAUAUAUUAAUCGUCCACGAUGAUCGAACUACUGCUUGAUGAUGGACUCCCCAAGCUGUAGCCGUCUCUCACAAAUCCCACGGUGUAAUAAUUCACCGAGCACCUGCUACACGAGCUGGUUUCACAGCUCUGUCUCUGCAGCGUACGUCGCAUGCUCACUCCUCCAUUGGCUGUCGUUCCUUCCUUAUUCCCGACUCCGUUGGCUAAUUGUCCCUUUGGAAGCGACGGUGCCCCGGCUAAAAAGCGCAUCCCUGCUUAAUCAACCGUGAUGCUGUUCUCAGCUCUGCUGGACAAUUUGGUGGAAAUUCCACAUUUCCUAAUGGCAGAACGACUGCGGUUGCACGCUCACUCCUCCAUUGGCUGUCGUUCCUUCCUUAUUCCUGACUCCGUUGUCCAAUUGUCCCUUUGGAAGCGACGGUGCCCCGGCUAAAAAGCGCAUUUCUGCUUAAUCAACCGUGAUGCUGUUCUCAGCUCUGCUGGACCAUUUGGUGGAAAUUCCACAUUUCCUAAUGGCAGAACGACUGCGGUUGAGUUCUGGCAAAGGCUUGCCUGAAGUCUGCACAGCAGGAUUUCAACUUUAGUAGUCCGUAUCAUUACACAACUGGUCAUGUGGCAAUUUCAUCCGGCACCGUGUCAUAAAAAAACUUUAUUAAUUUCACGAGUUACUAUGAAUGAGUCUCUUGGAGUAAGCUGUAGCCAAUAUACCUUAGCCCAAGGACUCUUAAAUAAGCUGCACUGUAGACUUUGCAAUUUGCUCCAAUGAUUUUCUUUCGCUUUUUGCAAUUUGGAAAUUUAAUUGCCAGGACUGGUUUGUAAGUGCUGUGCGUUACUUAUUAAUGAAUGCAUAGAAAGGAAGUCAAUCAAUUGUCUUAAAGGCCACAACAUCCUUCUCAGCUCCCUUGUUAAUUGAAGAACGAGCAUCAAUAGGCGUUUGUUUUUAAGUAAGGGUGGUGGUUGGGGGGGGAUGACAGUUAUCUCACUUAGGUGUAAUGUGCUAGUAAUAUAAUUUAGUACCUUUGGUAUUCGCGCCAUUCUAACAAGGCUAUCAUGAAGGGAAGUGCUAUGUUGAACGCCUUUAGUCUGCGGUAGUUUUUAACCGUUAAAGGGUGAUGUUGCUGUCGAUUCGAUUUGAGUAAUACAAAAUAAAAUAGGAUGAUCUGA